AUGAAAACGUGGGAACUGGUAUUUGCUGCUCUUGUGGUGGUUUUAAACCUGCAAUCUCACGUUCAUGGAGUGCCGCAAGUACCUUGUUAUUUCAUUUUUGGAGACUCUUUAGCAGAUAAUGGCAACAACAACUUGCUUCAAACAAAGGCUAAAGCAAACUACCCGCCAUAUGGUAUUGACUUCCCUAAUGGCCCAACAGGAAGGUUUACCAACGGCCUAACCACGUUUGAUAUGAUAGCUCAACUUUUAGGGUUCGACAAGCUUAUUCAACCCUUUGCAACUGCUAAUGACUCAGACAUACUUCAAGGUGUGAAUUAUGCAUCUGGUGCAGCAGGAAUUCGCCAAGAAACUGGGAAUCACAUGGGUGAUUGCAUCAGCUUGGGUGGGCAGUUGAAGAAUCACUGGGUUACAGUCUCACGCAUUAUUAAAAAACUAGGAAAUAAGUACACAGCCAUGAAGUACCUAAACAAGUGCUUAUAUUCAGUUGGAAUGGGGAAUAAUGAUUACAUUAACAACUACUUCAUGCCUAAGAAUUACAACACAAGCCACCAGUAUACUCCAGCGCAAUACGCCAGAGUUCUUAUUAGACAAUAUUCUCGUCAAAUAGAGACUUUGUACCAUGAUGGAGCAAGAAAGUUUGCACUAUUUGGAGCGGGAGUACUAGGCUGCACUCCAAAUUCAAUUUUUUUAUAUGGCACAAAGGGCAAACCGUGUGUAGAAGAAAUCAACACUGCGGUCACUCUAUUUAACCAGCAGCUUAUAUCACUAGUUGAUAAUCUGAAUAGGAAUCUAACUGGUGCAAAAGCUAUAUAUGUGAACUCUUAUCUGAUGGGGUCUGGGGAUCCAUCAGUUCUUGGUUUCAAGGUUACGGAUGUUGGGUGUUGUCCAGUAGACCAAGAUGGGCAGUGCGCACCUUCCAAAACUCCAUGCCAGAAUAGGACUGAAUAUGUAUUCUGGGACGCUUUUCAUCCUACAGAAGCUGCUAACCGAGUCUCUGCAAGUAGAUCAUACAAAGCAUAUCUCCCGAACGAUACUUAUCCAAUUGAUAUUAGUCACCUAGUUCAGCUUUAAUCAUGGAACCCUAUUGGCUAUGGUUUUAA